AUGGUCCAGACCAACCUUACGAAAGGUCUCACUGUGCUCCAUAUAGCUGCACUGCAUGGACACCUAGACUGUAUGGAGCUGCUGCUGGACGCUGGUGAUUUUGUGGAUGUAAAUGCUAGUUGCCCUCAUGGACGCAGACCUAUACAUAUGGUGCUAACUGCUCUGAGUAGACCUAACUCACACAUCUGCCUUACUUUCCUGCUGGAACAUGGAGCACAGCCCAAUGUCAGAACUGAUGAAGGGGUAACGCCGCUGCAUUUGGCUGCUGCAGAAGGCCUGAGAGAAUGCACAGAGACACUAGUGAGAAACAAAGCAGACACAAAUGUUCGAGACAAUAGAGGUCAUACACCACUUGACCUUGCUCGUAUCUGGGGCUACAAGGACAUUGCCAGGUUUCUUAAAGAUGCCAUGUGGAAAAAAGACAAAGAGCAGGAGAUGGAAAAACUCAAACAGCUGCAUAAUCUCAGGCAGGACCUGGUCAAGAGCCAUACAAUGGCAGAGAGCAAAGAUAAGAUGAUCAGGCUGGCUGUUAACAAACAAGAGCUAUCAGUAUGGGCAACGAGGCCAGGUUGUUCUCAGAGGAAGCAUGCCAUAAAUGUCAAGCAAUCAUCCAGACAUGCCAACUGCCUACUCACUGAGCCAAAGAUGCCAAACAACCGCACAAAAUGUCACCCUGGCACUCCAAAAGAAAAAUGGAACAUCUCACCCAUCCCUUCCAAACCUCCUCCAGGCAGCAUUAGCCGAUCUCAGGGGGUGCGAAUGGGAACUCAUCCUGAUGAAUUGCCAUCUGAGCCAGAUUUGAGUUGUAGUGUGACGCUUGGCUGCCGUAAAGAUAGGCGUCCUCGCUACAUAGCGUCGCAAGAUGGCAUUUCACAUUUAUUGCCUGACCUGCCGUUGAACAUCCUCCUGAAAGCUUUGUUCCCAUCAGCAUUCCCAUCACGGAUUGAUUCUCCCCAACAUUUCCAAAGUUCUAGUGUGCUGGAUCUGCCUCGGUUGGGCCGGUCCUUAAAAGCAGAUGCCUCACCAUGGACUGAGGUGGCCAUGCAUCUCGCAGAGGAGUUGCAGUUAGGCCACUACUAG